UAGAGCUGAGUUGAUGUUUUGUUUGGAAAAUGUGUCCGUCUAUUGAUUCAUGGGUUACCUAGCCACUGUACGUCGCUGCUCGUCAAAAAUUAUGUUUUAUCUUGCAAACUAGCGAGAUUACUACGUCACCGACUAAGGUGGGUAACUGUUAGCCAGCUAGAACUAGUAGCAGGCUAGCACUCUCUCGCUAAAUGUUUUCAGCCAGCUAGCCAGUUAGCAAGCCAUCCAUAGCAACGUCGAAUAUCGAAGAAUCCCGCUGGAAGUUAGCUUGUCAGCUGCAAUUAAAUUGUGCCCUGUGACUUUAUCUGGUGGCUUCCUGGAUGGUAGCGUUAAAUUGCAAUGAGGAAUCUAACGCCUUCAGCCUUGGUCGUGACAGAGCAAACAGCUGAUGAGUAAUAAUUACACUUCUCCAGGACUUUCAGGAAACGGCCGUAGCUGGGAUCGCCUCUACAGCUACGUGAUUGGGAAAAAACACAGGUCUUGAAAAACCAUGAAAAACUGCGAAUAUCACCAAAUCGAUCCUCAGGCACCUUCGACCCCCAACCCCACGCUUCCACCGCCAAUAAAUGCGAAUAAAAAAGUCACACGGGCGCGGAGAAAAUGGCAAGCUUUCCCGGGAAGGAAUCGGUUCUACUGUGAUGGACGGAUCAUCGUGGCUCGGCAGAGCGGCGUUCUUCCUCUGACACUUGGCCUUAUCCUCAUCACCAGCACUCUCUUCUUCAUAUUCGACUGCCCCUUCCUGGUAGAGCACCUGACCAGCUGCAUCCCUGUGAUUGGAGGAGUGCUGUUCGUCUUUGUGGUCAUCUCCCUCCUGCAGACCAGCUUCACUGACCCAGGGAUCCUGCCCAGAGCUGGGCCGGACGAGGCCGCCGAUAUCGAGAGACAGAUUGACAACGCAGGCUCCUCCUCCUACCGCCCCCCACCGCGCACAAAGGAAGUGCUCAUUCGCCAGCAGGUGGUGAAGCUAAAAUACUGCUUCACCUGCAAGAUGUUCCGCCCCCCCCGGACGUCCCACUGCAGCCUCUGUGACAACUGUGUAGAGCGGUUUGAUCAUCACUGCCCCUGGGUGGGCAACUGCGUGGGCAAGCGCAACUACCGCUUCUUCUACAGCUUCAUUGUGUCCCUCUCCUUCCUAACGGCCUUCAUCUUCGGCUGCGUCACCACCCACCUCGCCAUGCGCUCCCAGGGAGGGAAGGGUAUCAUCUUCGCCCUGCAGCAAAGCCCUGCCAGUGCCGUAGAGCUGGUGGUGUGCUUCUUCUCUGUCUGGUCCAUCUUGGGCCUCUCAGGGUUCCAUACCUACUUGGUGGCCUCCAAUCUCACCACCAAUGAAGACAUAAAAGGCUCCUGGUCGGGGAAGAGUGGGUCAGAAGGCUCAAGGAAUCCCUACAGCUAUAACAACAUCUUCAUGAACUGCUGCGCGGUUCUGUGCGGGCCCAUGCCCCCGAGUCUGAUUGACAGAAGGGGCUUCUUACAACCAGAUGAAGCUCUGCCGGCUGCCACAGAGAUCGAUCUGCCUUCCCUAGAGGCCAAAAAUGACAUCAGCAUGGUAGGCGGAGCCUCUUAGCACAGGUUUAUGCCUUGGAUGAUCCCCCACCCAUCACACAACCCUUAUGAGACUCGUGGCCUUGUGUCCAGACCGCUCCCCUGGGGGCAUGCCGAACCCCUGACUUGCUGAGGAGGUGGAUGGGGUGGAGUGAAUGGCAGUGGAAGAGAGAACUUGUGGUGUUUGACC